AUGUGGAUGUAUCCUGGGUGUUGGUUCGUCAUAGAAUCCAGCAACUNCGCUAUUGGCCCGCCGUUGUUUGACCGAGAACUGCGUGCGUUCCUCCGGCAGCGGAAUGAAGCCUGGUCCAGGUACCGUGCAACAUGCGCAGGAUAUGAGGAAUAUCGAUGUAUUCGGAAUCAUUGUACUGCACUAAAAGAAUGCAAGAGAACCAGAUUCGAGAAACAACUAGCAGCGGAUACAGCACAAGCCCCAAAGCGAUCGUAUGCCUACCUCAGGCGAAGAAUCAGAGCAACGCCUGAUCUCCCGACUCUCGACAAAGAUGGGGCACUAGUCGAAAAAGAUGAGGACAAAGCGGAGAUGCUGGCAUCACAUUAUGCCUCAAUGUACACCAUAGACUCUAGCACACUGGCACAUCUACUGGACAUUGACACUGCGCUGAACUGGACCCCAUUUACAAUCGGAGAGGUGGCCCUGGAGCUGCGUCGACCAAAGGUUCACCAGUCACCUGGACCUGAUGGUGUGCAUCCGCCUAUCCUGAAGGAGCUGGCAGAUGAACUUGCAUCGCCAAUGUGA